UUUACAGAUACUGUUUAAACCUUGAUACAUUACUCAAGUACUGGUUUUCAUUUUUUCUCUUUUACAAUCUAACCUAAGCUUUCUACCACGGCAGCGUUUAGGCCCUCUCUACAAGGUACAAAGAUGCCUGGGUUUAGGAACAACCAAGUAGCACGCAAUGUGCAUUUUCUCGACGGCCGUGACGAUGAAAUAUUAGGAUUCAUGCAGACCGGAUCUGUAACGUGGGGAGAGAUGGAUGAGUGGCUGCACAUUGUUAUUUCCAUGCCAGAAACCGCAUACAGCGUCUGGACAUGUGUGGACGAUCAUGUUGCAGAGACUGGUUACAGGCACGGAACUCAGAUAACCUUGGCUGGCAACCCCACUGUGAUCGCACCUGGAUUUUAUUCUAUUCUCUCACCCGAAGGAGAUUGUCUUCAAGUCAAUAUUAACGAAGAAAGAGUUCCGCCGAGAACAGUUUCAUUUUCUCUGUCAAACCCCGACCCUCGUCAAAUGGCGUUCCAAAGACGCGUUCGAAAUCGGGACAUGCGUUGCGUCGUGUCGAGAGAGGAAGUUUUUGAUUACGACUUUGUAACCUUCCAUGCAGCCCAUAUCUUUCCUCUCGCGCAUUUGGAUCUAUGGCGAACAGGGAAUUGGGCAGCAGUUCUUUCCGACGAUGAAAUGCCCGGCUCAAGUGGCAUACACUCAGUCCAGAAUGGUAUACUUUUGGACCAAACAAUUCACACGCUCUUUGACAAGUACCUCGUUGCGAUGGACCCGGACAAUAAUUACAAGAUUACAUAUUUCAAACGGAAAACUCGCAUGCCUGGUAAUGGUGAGCCAAUGUAUCUGAACCCAGAUUAUCCAGCAAAAUACCAGCCAAGCCGCGCGCUGCUCAAAUAUCAUUUUCGAAUGGCGGUGCUCUGCAAUUUGAAAGGCAGAGGCGCUGAAUACGAUUGGGAUGAGGAUAUUACGCCAGGUAUGGACAGCGUCAAGGAGAUUUCAGGCUCCGAACAAGGAAAACUACGAUUCGAGCUUGAAGUUGCCUCUAGACUGAACGCGCUGGAAGCUUGAGCGGCAUUUGUCUCUGCACUUCAAUUAUGAGUUUACGAAUUUGCUUUGCUAUGGCUUUCUAGAUCGAAUGAAAUUUCAGGCUCUCUUUUUCCCGCAGUUGAUAAAAUUUCUCACGUUAAUCAAAAAUAUGAGCC